UUCCGUCAACACAGUCGUCAAAUAGUCAAAGUUUUUUCAACGAAAUGCGUACCGGAGGCCUUUUCCGAAGAAAUACUGUUAUCGCCGCAAAACGUGACGAAGACUUUGGAGACUAUGCAACUGUCAUAAGUUCGGAAGAGGAACCAAAGAAACUCAAAGAAUAUAUCACUUCGCUUUACAAGGCUUUCAAGGAUAAA